AUGCAAAGCUUCAGGAAUGAACGUGCACAGUGGUUGGAGGGAGCUGAUGGUCACAGUCAGGAGUCAUCUCUUCCAGUGUGUGAGUGUGUGAGUGUGUGUUUUUUUUGCGCCCUGCCCGCCGGCCAGCCCUGCGGCGUCUACACCGAGCGCUGCGCCCGCGGGCUCCGCUGCCUCCCCCGCCAGGGCGAGGAGAAGCCGCUGCACGCCCUGCUCCACGGCACCGCCGUCUGCCUCAGCGAGAAGAGCUACCGCGAGCAAGCCAAGGCCGAACGGGAGUCCCGAGAGCAUGAGGAGCCAACCACGUCGGAGAUGACAGAGGAGACCUACCCACCCAAGGCCUACCGGCCCAAGCAUGGGCGCCUCUCCGAGCUCAAGGCUGAGGCCCUGAAGAAGGACCGCCGGAAGAAGCUGACCCUGGCCAAGUUCGUGGGCAUGGCGGAGAACACAGCGCACCCCCGCGUUGUCAUCCCCGAGCUCCGGCAAGAGUUUGAGCUGGGCCCCUGCCGCAGGCACAUGGAGGCAUCCCUGCAGGAGCUCAAGAGCAGCCAGCGGAUGGUCCCCCGCGCUGUCCACCUCCCCAACUGCGACCGAAAAGGCUUCUACAAGAGGAAGCAGUGCAAGCCCUCCCGAGGCCGGAAGCGUGGGUUGUGUUGGUGCGUGGACAAAUACGGCAUGAAGCUGCCGGGGACUGACUACCUGAGCGGAGACCUGCAGUGCCACGCGUUUGACAGCAGCAACGUGGAGUGAAGUUGCGUCCCCUCCCUCCACCCCAUCACUACCUACCCAGGCUCCCUUCCACCCUCCCCUCCGCACCUCCCCGCGCCCCGGGACUCCGAUUCCUUUCAUCUCAUGUAAGAAGAAAAAAAGAAAGGAAAAGAAAAAAGAGAAAGGAAGGAAAAGAAAAAAGAGAAAGG